GACCUACGGACGUGUCUGCAUCUGUGUGAGUGCCGCGCGCGUCGGAAGCAGUGCAGGUCCGGCCAUGACCGACGAGGGGUCUGGCCGAGACCCGAACAUGGCGCAGCCGACUGCUAAUCCGAGUGCGACUCCCAUAGCCGCGAUGCUGCCGAGGCUCGCGCCACCGCGACUCGAUUUGUCAACCGACCGUGGUGAGUCCUUCCGGGCAUGGCGGGCCCGAUGGGACGAUUUCGCACUGCUGUCGGGCCUCGCUGCCCAGCCGCCCGCGGUGCAAAUGGCAGUGCUCCGCUCGUGCGUGUCGGACGAGGCGGUAAAGGUGAUUGCGAAUUUCGCACUAUCCGCCUCCGACCGCACCGAUCUCGCCGUGGUGCUGAGCCACCUGGAGGCCCACGCCGUGGGUCAAGUCAACCCAGUACUGCAGCGGCGAGCUUUUCACCUGCGGUGUCAGCACGAGGGAGAGUCGUUUGACGAUUUUUUGACGGCCUUGCGUGACCUUAGCCGCUCAUGUGGAUUUUGCGACGACUGCGGUGAAUCCCUGUUGCGCGACCGCGUGGUCGUCGGCCUCCGCGACCCAGAGACUGUGCGCAAGCUGUGUGCUAUACCGAACCUAAGCCUAACUGAGGCCGUUCGCGUGUGCCGCGCUGAAGAAACUUCGUCCCGGGCCGUUGAGGACAUUGUGGGGGUCAGCGUCGCCGCGUGCCGCGCCCCGGCUGGAGCCCGGCGCGGGCGCCGCCAACAUGGCGGCUUCGGCGGCCAGUCGGCCGGCCGGUUUCAAGAUGGCGGCCGCCAGGUGGCCGCCGCGUGUGGAAAAUGCGGACGGGGCGCGCAUCGACGAGACGGCGAGUGCCCGGCGCGUGGCCGCCGGUGCUACAGAUGCGGCUCCUCCGGACACUUUUCAAUCGUGUGCCGCUCGCAGGAAGCCCCAGACCGCCGCGGCGAAAAAACUGCAUCGGCAGUUACCGUGGCCUCUCUUUCCCGCGGCACAGUGAGCGGGCCGAGACUCGGGUCCAAGCAGUACCCGCAGCAGCUGCCGGCGCGGGCUCCGGCUGUGUGCCGCACCAGCGCAGGCGACCGAACCAGUCCAGUGACCUCUCCGCCACCAGUGCCUCCGAGAUCGGCGACUUCAACGCCAGACCAAGCGAGCACCCGAGCAGCAGUGCCGCCUUCAGUGACUCGGCGCCCGACGCGGCCGGUGCCCUUCCGGGCAGGGCCGCCGCACAGCGAGCGGCCGGUGGCCGGGCCGCCGCACAGCGAGCGGCCGGCGACCGGCGAGCGGCCGGCGCCCUCCAGCACGCGGCCGGUGCCACCCAGCACGCGGCCGGUGCCCUCCAGUACGCGGCCGGUGCCGCCCAGCACGCGGCCGGUGCCCUCCAGUACGCGGCCGGUGCCGCCCAGCACGCGGCCGGUGCCACCCAGCACGCGGCCGGUGCCACCCAGCACGCGGCCGGUGCCACGCAGCACGCGGCCGGUGCCACCCAGCACGCGGCCGGUGCACCUCAGCGCGCGACCGGCGCGCCACGAGCGGCCGGCGCCACCCAGAGCGCGACCGGCGCCCGGCGAGCAGCCGGAGUGCGUCCUCUCAGGAUCUCCGCUCGCCGCCGACCUCGAGCUGGCCGAGGACGAUCCGGCCAUCUCCGUUUCUCCCGUCGCUCUCGACGAGGCACCGACACGGCCGUUCCAGCACCAGUGUGCCGACCUUUAA